AUGUCGACGUUCGCCGGUAUCGCGGCGUGCACCCUUGGUGCCACGACAAUGCUUCUCUGCAUCUGUUUCGUCCCACAAAUCUACCAACAAGUCUCUCUUCUCCGUGACGAGUUGACCACUGAAAUGGAGGCGUGGCGUCUCGAGACCGACCAACUCUACAUGGACAUGCAGAAGUUGGGCCGUGUGCGCAGACAAGCCGGCGGAUACGGAGGAUACGGUGGAUACGGUAGCGGACCAAGUGGACCAUCUGGACCAUCUGGACCACACGGUGGAUUCCCGGGAGGACCAAACUCUGGAUUCCCAGGUGGCAACACCGGAUCGUCGAACCCACCAACUCUUCCAGGAGUCGUUGGAGUCCCACCAUCUGUCACCGGACAUCCAGGAGCCUCGCCAAUCAAUCCAGAUGGAUCUCCAUCCGCCGGACCAGGAGACAAGUGCAACUGCAACACCGAGAACUCUUGCCCAGCUGGACCAGCCGGACCAAAGGGAACUCCAGGACACGACGGACCAGACGGAAUUCCAGGAAUUCCAGGAGUCGACGGAGAGGAUGCCGAUGACGCAAAGGCCCAAACCCAACAAUACGAGGGAUGCUUCACUUGCCCAGCCGGACCACAAGGACCACCAGGAUCCCAAGGAAAGCCAGGAGCCCGUGGAAUGCGUGGAGCCCGUGGACAAGCCGCCAUGCCAGGAAGAGACGGAUCCCCAGGAAUGCCAGGAUCUCUCGGACCAGUCGGACCACCAGGAGCCGCCGGAGAGGAGGGACCAACCGGAGAGCCAGGAGCCGAUGUCGAGCAUCAAAUCGGACUUCCAGGAGCCAAGGGAACUCCAGGAGCACCAGGAGAGUCGGGAGAUCAAGGAGAGCAAGGAGACCGUGGAGCCACCGGAAUCGCCGGACCACCAGGAGAGCGUGGACCACAAGGAGAGAAGGGAGACGAUGGACCAAAUGGAGCCGCUGGAAGUCCAGGAGAGGAAGGAGAGCCAGGACAAGAUGCUCAAUACUGUCCAUGCCCACAGAGAAACGCCAACGCCGCCGUCGGUGGAAAUCAAGGAUACAGAAACUAG